AUGUGGUACGAACUGGUCAAGGAGCGACGAAAAAGCAUUGCAAAUCGGUUCGUGGAAGCAGGAAGGGCACCCUUUGCUACACUCGCCGCCGCUGCACAGGCAGACAUAUCCCGGUCCAGUCUUGCUAAAUGGGACGGCAGUGCGCGUGCCUGGCUUCGUUUCGCGGACAAAAUUAAGCGUACCGAGCAGGAUCAGCUGAUGCUCAUUGUUGCUAAUAUCAAUGUCCCCAUCAAUAAUGACAUGAGCGUCUUUUCUAGCGUCUAA